AUGUCUGCCGGCGUCGCAGAGUUGGGAGGCCGCCGGGCCCCCGCGGCGCUUCGCGGGCUUUCCUCGUUCGCCCCCUGCCCCCCCCCGCACUCGUCUGUCUCUCUUCGUCUUUCUCGUUCGAAAUCGUCUCUUGCGCCGCGCUCCCAGUCUGCUCUGCGUCGCGUGCGGCCAUCGCUUCCCUCCGCCAGGACGCCGGCGAGCCCCUCGCUCUCUCCGGGGCCGUUGUGCUGGCGAAACACACUUUUCCAGGUAGCAGCUUGUGAGUGCGCUCAGGGGAGUGCUCUUGUCGAUUCGACGUGCGGACAGCUGGUCCAGAGCCGAGGGGUAUGCACGCUUCACCGCUCGUCUCCCCCCCACUCGGGCUCUUUUCUCGCUUCGCCCUCCCGACGCUUCACUUCCGGUUCUUCUGCAGACGAAGCCGACUCGGCCGCGUCCUCCUCCUCUUCUGCAUCCUCUGCUUCUGCGUCCUCUGCUUCUGCGUCCUCUGCUUCUGCCUCCGCGUCUGCCUCCUUCUCUUCGUCUGCGACUGCGGCGUCCGCACCCAGCCGCUUCCGCUCUGCGGCACACCGAGACAUGAUUGUUGCGAUGACGAGAACGCACCUCCAGAACCUCCUUCUCAAGCGCUUUGGGACUUUCAAGACUCAGGAGUGUCGAGUGAUUGCGAAGCCCGAGUUUUCAGCUGCGGUGCUGAGGGCGUGGGCGGGCUACCUCGUGGAUCACAACCUCCGCCUCGACGGAGAGGCGGGCAUGCGGCUGGCGUACGCGGCGCCGCCAGCCAAAGUCCUGAAGGAUCCAAAGGUUCGCGAGCUGAUACGGAGAGACCUCGAAGUCCGCUGGCUUGUGGACAAGCUGGUCGCGCAGAAUAUCGCCGCCACAGAGGGGCUCGCCGCGGAGAGCGGCACCGGCGGCGGCGCCACGGCGGCGGCGGAGGAAGAGGAGCUUGCGCGUAGCAUUGAGCGCGUGAAGAAAGCAGACAACGUGCCGCAGCCGCACUUCCCUUCCGUGCUGAAGCAGGACCACCCGCAGUUCCCUUACGAGCCAUACGAGCUCGAGAAGAUGCGCGAUCUCUACGGCGUGCUGCUCAAAUGGCCGUACAGAGAGAAGGGCGAGGUCAUGAGCGUCACCGCGCGCAGAGCGGAGAUGGAGAAGAAACGCGAGGAACGCAUCCGCCGAGGCGAAGAGGAGGCGGGCGAGGAAGGAGAGGGAGAAGGAGCGGAAGAAGACGCACACGAGGUAGCUGGACAGCUCAAGGUGACCACGGGCUGCAGCGACGCGUACGUCUACGCCCCCAGCGAGCUCGAAACCGGCCUCUACAAGGAGCAUUAA